CGGCCCCUCCCGAUGUCGGGUGCUGCCCAGAUGGUGAAUAACGCGGGGCCUGGCGGCAGAAGUGCAAAGAGGGCGCCCAGCUGGGGCGGGCCCAGGCUACAGUCCCCCGAGAGGGCCCCGGCCACCGCAUCCCUGUCCCUGAGUCCAGGGGGCCGAGCCGGGUCCCCAACGGGCUGGGGGGCGCCCCCUGACCCCCAUCAGCCAGGCCAAGCCUGAGGGGCGUGGCCAGCGCCAGGGGGAGGGGCCGGUGAGAGACGCUGGAGAGACAGACAGGGACCGACAGGGCGCGGGCCGCUGCGCGGAGCCCCCAUCCUGGGCUAUUUUUAGCCCCCGCGGACCCCGCUUCCAGGCGGGGAGGACUCGUCGCCCCUCCUCCAGCCCCGGAGGACCUCGCGCAGCCGGGCGUCCUGAGCUGCCGCGCCCUCCAUCCGUGCCCUGCGGAAACGGGGCAGCGCCGGGGUCCUCUGUGCGUCCCGCCCCCGGCCGUGACUCGGUUUCCCCGGGGACCCCGGGAGGCCCGACCGCCCUGCUCCCCGCUCCGCCCUCCCCGGCCUGAGCCCGACACCCGCACGUCGGCCAGCCGGGCUGUGCGACAGGGGCGACCCCAGCGCAGGCCACGGAUCGUCGUCUCCAGGUGUGCCCGAGCCGUCCCCGCCCGCCGCCCCCGGCCCGAUGGGUUGGUGACCCGGCGCCAUGUGGCCCAACGGCAGCGCCCUGGGGCCCUGUUUCCGGCCCACCAACAUCACCCUGGAGGAGCGGCGGCUCAUCGCCUCCCCCUGGUUCUCCGCCUCCUUCUGCCUCGUGGGCCUGGCGUCCAACCUGCUGGCCCUGAGCGUGCUGGCCGGUGCGCGGCAGGGCGGCUCGUACGCCCACUCCUCCUUCCUCACCUUCCUCUGCGGCCUGGUCCUCACCGACUUCGCGGGGCUGCUGGUCACCGGCGCCAUCGUGGUGGCCCAGCACGCCGUCCUCUUCGACUGGCGCGCCGUGGACCCCGGCUGCCACCUCUGCCAGUUCAUGGGCGUCGUCAUGGUCUUCUUCGGCCUCUGCCCGCUGUGGCUGGGGGCCGCCAUGGCCUCGGAGCGCUACCUGGGCAUCACCCGGCCCUUCUCGCGGCCCGCGGCCGCCUCCGGGCGCCGCGCCUGGGCCACGGUGGGGCUGGUGUGGGCCUCGGCGCUGGCGCUGGGCCUGCUGCCCCUGCUGGGCGUGGGCCGCUACACGGUGCAGUAUCCCGGCUCCUGGUGCUUCCUGACGCUCGGCGCCCAGCCCGGGGACGUGGCCUUCGGCCUCCUGUUCUCGCUCCUGGGCGGCCUCUCGGUGGGGCUGUCCUUCCUGCUCAACACGAUCAGCGUGGCCGCUCUGUGCCACGUCUACCACGGCCAGGAGGCCGCCCAGCAGCGCCCACGGGACUGUGAGGUCGAGAUGAUGGCUCAGCUCACGGGCAUCAUGGUGGUGGCCACUAUCUGCUGGAUGCCGCUGCUGAUCCAUGAGAACAGGCCUGGGAGGGACACGCCGAGGACAGGACAGGAGCACCUCCGUCAGCCAGACGCACCAUCCUGUAACUGACGCUCCCGCGGGAACCCAUAGGUGCCUGUGGCUGGCACCCACCCCGGGAACGGGUUCCUCGCGGGCUCCCUGCUUCCCUCCCCUGGCCGGGAUACACACAGCCGUCGGCCGACGAGGACCCUGCCCUCCAGCCUCUUGGCUCUCGGUGACACCCAGAAGGAGCUCCGUCCUGCUCCGAGUCGUCAGAACUGGGGCUCUGACGCAUGAAUAGGAGUUCACUCGCUAGACCGAAGGGGGAAGGCAUCCCGGGUAGAACCCCUGCCUCACGAAACAAUUCCUGAGUCCCCUUUGGGGGUAAGCUUUCUCAGAAAGGGCCGGGCGGUGAAUAUUCCAGGCACGGUCUCCGUCACAACGACCCGGCCCGGCCCAGGGAGCGUGAAGGCAGCCACCGAGGACGGGGAACAUGCACGUGGCUUGCGCCCCUGGGCUCCAUUCGUGGACGCCGAGGUUUGAAUCCCAUGUCGUUUUCACGUGCCACAGAUAUGCUCCUUUCUCUUUUUUCUCCCACUGUUCCCGCGUGGAAGGACAUGCUCGACAUAACAACAGAACCAAAGCAAAGAACAAAGCAAACAAAAGAAGGCAGAAAGACGCGGAGGGCCAGAUUUGGCCCCUGACCACCCCCCGCUCUAGAGCCUCCCUUGGCUCCCAUCGCCCCCCAGGACAGGCCCCCAGACGCUCCCUGCAAACUCACCUGGGGAAACUGCCAC